AGGGGAGAGAGAGAGAGAGAGAGAGAGAGAGAGAGAGAGAGAGAGAGAGAGAGAGAGAGAGAGAGAGAGAGGUGCUUGCUGUCGAAUGUCUGUGACAGCUGUUACGGUGUAUGCAUCGCUUGGAGAGGAGGCUCUCGUCCACGCUCUGAACGAGACAGAAUGUACGACUGUUGUAUGCGACGCGAAACAAUUUGAAAAGGUCGUAAAAGUCGGCGGACGCCUCUCUUACGUGAGGAGGGUUGUGUAUAUGGAGGAGGAAGACAAGGCGGAGAUGGUGACCGCAGCCCGGAGAAUGAGAGAGGACUGGGAUCUCUACUCCUUUGGUAAGCUGAAGGAAAUCGGGAAGCAGCAUCCGACCGAUACGCGAAUGCCGGUACCCGAGGACAUUGCAGUGAUCAUGUACACAUCUGGGUCUACUGGACUUCCAAAGGGAGUCAUGGUGUCGCACAGCAAUCUUGUUUCAGUGGCAUCGGCUGCGAUGUACAUGAUUCCGGAUUUUAGCUCCAAGGACGUCUACCUGUCAUUUCUUCCCCUGGCUCAUAUUUUUGCGCUCAUCGCUGAGUUGACCAUGAUUUUGGAGGGGGUAUCUGUAGGUUAUGGUUCUCCUCUGACGUUAAGUGACAGCUCCAGCAAGAUCAAGAAGGGGACGUCGGGCGAUUUGACUGCGUUGAAGCCUACGCUGAUGAUCGUUGUUCCUACGAUUCUCGAUCGCAUCUACGAUGCGGUGAAGAAGCAGGUGGAUAAGAAGGGAGGCUUUUCGAAGGCGCUUUUCGAAUUCGCUUAUAACCGGUGCCUCCUCGGUAUGGACGGAAAGUGGUGGGGCGCACAUGGACUAGAGAGAUGGUUCUGGAAUGCUCUUGUUUUCAACAGGAUGCGAAAAAGUAUCGGUGGGCGGAUGCGGGGAAUGUUUUCGGGAGGCGCGCCGCUCGUGCCAGAGACGCAGCGAUUCAUGAACAUAGGGUUCGGGAUUCCUAUCGUACAGGGAUAUGGCUUGACGGAGACGUGCGCGGGGUCAUGUUUCACCGACUUCGACGAUCUCUUGACCGGCCGUGUGGGACCACCACUGUCCUGUUGUUUUAUUAAGCUCAUCGACUGGGAAGAAGGAAACUACAGAACAACUGACAAGCCAAAGCCGCGUGGCGAAGUUUGCAUUGGUGGUCCCUCUGUCACAAUGGGCUACUUCAACAAUCCUGAGAAGACUGAGGAAGUCUACAAGGUUGAUGAGGACGGCAUUAGGUGGUUCUAUUCGGGCGAUAUCGGGCAAUGGAACGACGACGGCACUCUGGAGAUCAUCGACCGGAAGAAAGAUAUUGUGAAGCUGCAGAUGGGAGAGUAUGUAUCGUUAGCGAAGGUGGCGAAAGAGGAGAAGCUGGAGAGAUUUGAAGUGCCCACAAAGAUCAAGCUUGUGGUAGAGCCCUGGACCCCAGAGAACGGCAUGACCACCGCUUCCAUGAAACUGAAGCGAGAAGUUAUUCGACAAGCUUACAGGGCCGAACUCGAAGAGCUCUACAAGUAAAUUGCAGUCGGCGAUCAUCAAGCAAAGUGCGAAGUGCGCUAUCCGUGACUGACAAGUGAAGCGUAAUCGGCGAUUGACAGGUAGCGGUGAACUAGUGAAGCGCAGUCAGCGAUGAAAACAAAGAUCGGUGGCCGUCUAGCUCAGUCGGUAGACCCCACCUGAACUGUUGAAAUAUACAGACCUGAGUUCGAGCUCCACACAAAAAGAACAUCGGCGGAAAACGUAAAGUGCAGUCAGCAGCGACACAGUAGAGCGUGCAGUCGGCAACUAACACGUAAAGGCGCAGUUAGUGAACGCUGCUGUCAGCGCCGGAGAAGUAAAGCGCAGUCAGCGAUGGAGAAGCAAAGCGCAGUCAGCGAUGAAAACAUGUCCGGAAAAAUGCAGCCGGUGCGGAAAAAGGAACCUGCUUUCAGCCAGCCAUUGACAAGUAAAGUGAACCGAGCGAUCAACAAGUAAAGGAAAGUGCAAUCGGCGAUUGACAAGUAAAAUGCUCGCUGCCGUUGGCGAUGAACAAGCAAAGCGCGGUGCGGAAAAAGUAACCUGCUUUCAGCCAGCCAUUGACAAGUAAAGUGAAUCGAGCGAUCAACAAGUAAAGGAAAGUGCAAUCGGCGAUGUAAAGUAAAAUGCUCGCUGCCGUCGGCGAUGAAAACAUCUCAGAAAGCUCAGAGAGUGCAGUCAGUGGUGAAAAAGUAACCUGUUGUCAUCGUCGCUGAGCGAUGAAAAAGUGAAAAGUGCAGCCAGCCAUGUUGAGUAAAGCGAGUCGGCGAUGAACAAGUAAAGGAAAGCGCAGUCGGGGAUGAACAAGUAAAGGAAAGCGCAGUCGGCGAUAACUAAGUAAAGGAAAGCGCAGUGGGCGGUGAAAACAAGAUGUUUCUGAAAGUGUGGUUAAGCGAUCGACAAGGCGCUGCCCUACCUCGUAGUCAUGGCGUAAUGAUCCUCCUCCCGACAUCGUAGUGAUCGGACGGUAGAAAUCAUAAAUGUUCUAGUCCUUGCAUUGUCUUCUUUGUGGCGUGUUUGUUCCCAGAUGACUGUUUGUCAGUGUGCCGUUGCCGUGACAGGGUUGUUCUCCCACAGAUCCCAUGGCAUUGGGUUGCGGAAGCGUCAAAUGUUUAUGGACAGAGGAGGGAUGGCCUUCUUCUGAGGAGGUUGCUUGGUCCUUUUUUCCCCUUUCUUUUUGAAAUUCUUUCUUGAGGAAGCUGGUUGGUAGCUUGCUUUCUUUUUCUUUCUUUCUUUGUUUUUCUUUCUUUUUUCUUCUUUCUUUUUUUUUCUUUCUUAUUUUUUCUUUUUUGUAAAUCAGAUGGUUGGUCCUUUUGAUGUCCCGGCCAUUGGAAAGACGCAUGGGCGGAUACAUACUUCACAUACUCAAUCUCGCAAUCUCGGCCACAGAGUGUACAGCAGUAAUCGAUGGUCUACCACUGAACACCCUCAGCUAUGGAGCAGCAUGGAUGGUUUGAUGUCCUAUCUUAGUCACAAUGUCCUGGCUUUCACACAAAUUAUGUUUAGUAUGACCAACACUGGAGAUGAUUCACUGUAUUCGUAUCGUCGAAACGCCCUGAGGUUGUCGACAAUUUAUGGCUUUAUGGGCAAAUCACCAAUAGAUGGUUCGUUCUCCAGGCGGAAUCACGUUGUCCGGCUUUACUUGUCUAUUGGUGGACUACGCACAACAGCGUAAAUGAGGGGGUUGUCCUGACAUUCUUCUGUUGUGGUGGAUAUUUUUUAUGAUUUCUUUUUUUUUUUUUUUCUCUUUUUAGGCAUACGCUUCUGUUUUGUGGUGGUAGAGAGAGGAUUCGAUCUCAUGGUAUUGUCGAAAUGCUGUUGCGUAUUCGGUAGUCAAUGAACGACGCACAGCACG